UUUCCCAAACCAGCCCUAUCUGAAAAUGUCGCCACCGUCUUCCGCCGCUAAACCGCCGGUUUCCCCCGCCGCCGACUCUAGCUGCUGGCAGUUUGCGUGGGAAGCUCAGUCUCACGCGUCAAUACUCCGGCUACUCCUAUUCAAAGCAAACACAAAGCCCUCAGCUCAGUGCACAGACCUAAAACUCAGUUUUCACCCCCAAAAAUCACUGCUUACGGUGUCGUUUCGGGGAUGCGAAGGCCAAACAGAGACCUCGGUUAGGGUGCCGGUGCCGCGUGUCUUAAUCGACCCGGAAUCUCCGCUCAAUUUCAGGGUUUUCGAUGAUCACAUUGAGGUUAAGCUCGUUUUGUUACUUCCGAUCGAUCACCCCCUUGUUUCUAACUUCGAUUCAAUCCUCAACGUCGAGGAAAACAAUGAUGAGCUUCGUACGCUUUCCGUGGAUUCUGAUUUAAGGAAGCUGUUUUGUAUGGAGGAAGUGCAUUUCUACUGCAAAAAUUGCUCUUCUAAGUUAACGAAGGGUCUCAGAUGUUUCAGGGAAAUGCCUUCAGUUAACUGGAGAGAAGUCGCUGAUAAUUGGUUUGGAAACUGUUGCUGCACAUUUGGAGGUGUAAGUGAGAAGCUGGUUGCGGAAUAUGCAAAGUCAUAUACGUGUGUCCCAGGUGUGUGCCUUUUGAAUUCAACAUCUGUUGCUUUAAGCACAGAUGAUAUUUUGGGGUGGAAGUUCCCUGAUGUGCAGAGCAGGCAAUCUUUUGAGCCUGAUGUGAAUCCUCAAAGCCAUGACUGUUCAGAUACAGUUCCACUAAAUGAGGUUUGUAAGAAAGUACCAGCAGAUUGUUGCGGAAAUGACAGUGAUGGGUUUCUGGGUAUGCAAAGCAUCACAGAGGUCCAGUUCCCUGAAGAUAAACUCUCAACAGAUGGGGAAAAUGAGACUCUGAAGAAUGCAGUUGAUAGUGAUAGUUUAGUAUCCACCUUUGCUGCUUUACAGAUUGAAGAAAACAAAAGAUUAAUGAAUGAAGAAACUCAAAAUUGUCAUAUUAGUUGCUGUACAUCACAUAUUUCAGAAACCUCUUCUAAGGUGCAAAUGAAUGGAGAAAAUGUUGAACUUCUUGAAAACCAGAAAUUGUUUCUGGAUGGUUAUCUUGGGAAUGGUUUCAUGAUUCGAACUUCUGAGCUUUCAAAAGAUUUCCGCUGGAACAAAUAUUUAUGCCCACAAUGCUCUUGUUUGCUUGGAGCAUAUCCUUGUUUUGAUGAUAAUCUACCGGUAGAUGGUGGAAUUCGCCUAUUCAAAUGCUAUAUUUCAACUUGCGUGCCUUCCACUGGAUCAGGCGAUGCAUUUGCGAAUUACUCCUUGGAGAGAAUGUUUUCCAGUCAAUUGCUCGAAAAUGCAGAAGAUGAACUAUCGUUCAGGACAAUAGUUAGAGACAUUGAAAAAAAAUUGCCUAUGUUGCAAAUUGUUAUCCUGAAUCCUAAUUCAUGGGGCUGUGCUGGAAGUUUGCACUCCGCAGAACCAACUGAUAAGUUGGUUUUGCAGCCUGUAAGUAGAGUGCUGUUUACUGCCUCCGGUCAUGGCAUUGAUUCAAUGACUUUGGACGAGUGGAUGAGAAAGAAUCAAGCGGAUGAAAUUUACAUGUUCUCGUCUCAAAUAUCCGAACUAACACAAGUGUUGGAGCUUGCCAAUGACCUAUCUCCACCAUCAUGUAGAUCACUGCAGGGUUUACUUCUAUCAUCCCUAGCGAGAUGACUGGUCCCAACAUAUGGACCAUAAGCUGGCAAAUUUCAAGAUCAACUUUCCGACCUAUGUACUCCCCUUUUAUAUGAGAAGUCGAAAUCUAUAUCUGGAAUGCCUUGUGUAUCAUUGGGUCUAUCUCUGUACUACUACCAGUAUUUUUUAUGAAGCACUGAUUGAAAUAGACAACAUUACGUGAAGGCAUAUUAUAUUCA